AUGCACCUACUUUUAAUAGAUAAUAAUAAUGAUAUUGAAGAUAAAACUGAACGUAAAUUGAUGAUAAAAUUGGAAAAGAAACAAAAAGCUUCUGAACUUACUGAAAGUAAAAGAAAAGAUUUUUAUAAUAAUAUAGAAAAUUUUGCCAAAAAUGUUGAGCUAAUAAAUUCGAGAAAAUCAAAAAACAGUGAUUUAAAAUCUAGAAAAAAUUUUUUUAAAGAAGAGAAAGAAUGGGAAGAAAUUGGAAAUUUGAAAAGUAAAUAUUUAAUUAAGUUUAGAUAA